CUCUACCUCAUCGGCUCUUGCCCCAUGUGUUUUUGACGACACUGAACAUCUUUUCCUAGUGGUGUACUAGUUGCAGAGUUUGGCGCCGAAGCCGGUAGACAAAGACGUGCAUUCCACAAUUUUGUUACGUUUGUUUAUCCACCAUCUUUCUCUAAAUUAAUUGUGCACUGAGUGGAGUGACGCCAGUGGCCAUUUUCGUUAUGCUGCCAGCUAUCAACAAUUCAACCGAGGUCUGCGUGCUAUACAUUCCCGUUACGAGAGUAUAUGCAAUGUGAGGGGCCAGGGAGUCGUAGCAUAUCGUCGGAGAGUAUCGAGGAUAUUGUCAGAAAAUGCGUGCCCGUAAAACACCGAAAAAAAACCCGAAGGGUGCGAUACAACGUACGAGGGAAUUCCGAUCGAGACAAAGAACUGUGAGAGCAGGAACACCGGGGGUACCUCCAAUACCGACAGUUGACUCACAACCGGACGAUAAUACUCGACCACGACCGUCGACAAGUAAGAAAAAACCGAUGAAAAAUCAUGUACCCAGGCCAGCGUUACCAUACACCAAUUUUCGAUUCAAUGAAUGUGCUCACCGGUAUUUCAAGAAUAAAUUUUACAAUAAUCCCUUCGGUUCAGUGUGCGAAAUAUGCGAUCGUCUUUGGUUUCAAAGUGAAUUGAGGACACUUACCCCUCAACAACAGAAAAUCAUAGCUAAGAAAUUUAACGAUGAGGAUAUCAGUAAAUUAGCUGCAUGCAGAGGAUGUAUUCAGUCGCUGGCGCGCAAUAACAUUCCCACAUUCGCGAAAUUCAAUGGUUUCAACUAUCCGCCAAUUCCUGCUCAUCUGCCUCCAUUGAAUUCAGUCUCCGCGAGACUCAUCUCCCCGAAACUUCCUUUUUUGCAAGUUAGACGAGUGCUGACUGUCGAAGGUCAUGAUAAACUUCUCACACAAGUUAUUAAUGUCCCCACAACUGACGAUACCGUGGUACAUCAGUUGCCCCGAAAUAUGUUUCACGAUUGUUGCAUCAACGUUCAACUCGACGAGAAGAGAAUCUACGACUCAGUUGAGUUGAUGGACUUUGUGAAGAAAUCUGACAUUCAAGUUUGGCUAGAGUACUUGAUAACAACUCCGCUUUACACCCUCUACAAUAUAACCAUCGACGAGCCCUUCUUCGACGACAAAAAUUUCGGGAAAACUCCGAAAACUUCUGUGACUGAGGAAAUACCAAUUGCCAAGAGUUCCAUCUCACAACAGCAAACACUACUGUGGAGUGUUGAUAGGGAUCUUCAUGAGGCACCGAGCGAUGGGAAUACACCCCACAAUACUUUUCUUGAUGACCACGCUGAGGAGCUCUCUUUUCCGGAGAUUUACUGCGGACAAAUUCGAACCUUCCACGACGGCUUUCGGGCCACACCAUUCAGCAUUGUCAGUAGCGAGCUGAGACGAGCUGAUCGUCGUGGAGUUACCCCACAGCACCUCCUCUACAUGGCCAUGAAAAUAAUGAAGAUGAGAGUCUCCGAUGCCAUCAGUGCCACCAGCAAGAUCAUCGGCACGGAUUGGGCCACCGUAAAACAGCAAAUGCUGUCGGAGGAGUACAUCAACCAGAGUCUGGACAGCAAUCUGGCUUUUCUGAGGUGCAUUCCAAAUUCUACCUGGUACUGGGUGGAGCGCAAACGCGAUCUCUUGACCAUGUUGAGACAGUUGGGCAAGCCCACUCUGUACCUGACCCUGAGCGCCAAUGAAACUGGCUGGAUUCCCUUGCUGCAGAUUCUGUAUAAACUGAAGUAUGGUAAACAAAUUUCCGAGAAUCAAGCUUCACAGAUGAGCCUAGUUGAGAGAAGUACUCUGGUGAAUGAGGACGCUGUGACAUGCGCCAUCUACUUCAGCAAAAUGCUGAAUGUACUGAUGACAAUCCUCCAGUCUAAAAAGGGAAAUCCCUUUCAAGACUUCUAUGUCACUCAUUACUUUCAACACAUCGACUUCCAACCCAACGGAAGUCCUCAGGCGCGUAUUCUCCUGUGGGUGAGUAAUGGCCCCAAGGAUUCACUCGGUACCGACAUGGCAACUGCUCUCGAAUUGAUAGAAAAGGUCAUCUCAGUUUCGGCGAGAGAGAGCUCGGGUUUUAUUGAUCACCAAAUUCAUCGGCACAGCUUUCAGUGUUAUGACAAGGGUGAAAUUGUUGAGGGGUGUAAAUUUGGGGCUCCCUUCCUGCCAAGUCGAAUCACGACGAUCAUCACACCUCUGCCAAAAACGGAUAUUCAAUACACCAUAAAUCUUGAGCAUUACAAAAUUAUCAAAAAGAACCUGGAGAAUAAUGAUUACGCGGACUUUGAGUCAUUUUAUGAUGACAAUGGUAUAACAUCUGAUAAUCAUUACCUUGAAAUCAUUCGGGCGGGAAUCGAUCGGCCAAAGGUUAUCCUCAAGCGUCAGCCUUUCGAAAAAUGGCAUGAGAACUUCAAUCCCUUCAUCCUGAAUAUUCUCAACGCUAACAUGAACAUAGAACUCAUUCCUGACGACUAUUCCUGCGCUGAUUAUGUUAUGGAUUUGAUCAACAAAGCUGACAGAGGCAUCAGCGAUUUAAGAAGAAGAAUUCUCGCGAUCAUGAACAUGAAUCCACAGUUCAAUAUCUCAGAUAUUGCCAGAGAACUCAGUGCAGAGGUCCUCAACAGCGUCGAAAUAACGACUCAAGAAGCUGCCUGGUAUCUCCUCCGCGAGCCAACCUGGAAAAAUUCUUCCACCGUGAUUUAUAUUCCAACAGUGCGACCAGGUGAACGUCCAAAGUUCCGGAAGAAUCAUUAUCAGUUGGUGGCCCUCGACGUGGAAGAAGAAUCACCACAAGUCUGGAAAGAGAGCUGGUUCGAUAAGUACGAGAAUAGGCCAGCGGAACUCGAAGGUGUGACUCUUGCGCAGUUCGUCGCCAACUACACUCGAAACUUGAACACCUCGGCGUACGUCAAACGAAAGGAUCGCUGUCUCAUUCGGUAUCGCAACUACGACAGGAUCACAGAGCCCAGUGACUACAUGCGGGAGAUGGUAACGUUGCACGUGCCCUUCCGCAAUGAAGAACUCGAAAUCAUCGCAGAUGACAACUAUCUGCGGCUGUUCAAAAUGCACGAGUUAUCGAUCCUCGCGCGACGUCAAGGGUUCGAGUAUGAUGUGAAUACCCAGGGAACUCUGGACAAGUACACGCGAUUGUUCCAGGAAGAGACUCUCCAUUUUGUUAAGGUUGAGGGGGCGCGAUUGGCUCCGAUGGAGCCAGAAUCAGAUCCUUUCGCGGGAGUUAGUGAGCCGGAGCUUCCAGAUGAUUGGGACUCCAACAGUGAUUCAAGCACCGUCACAUCGGAGUCGCCGAUUCCAAUAAAGAGGGAGACGGAGCCAGAAAUUGCUGGUGCUAAUUCCAUUCUGUGCAAUCUUCUGACCAAAAAUGGGUCGCCCUUCAACGUGUUCCUGAGUGGCCCAGUAGCGUGCCCAAAGACAUUCAUUAUCCGGAUUAUGACUGAAGUGUAUAAUCGGUACAAAAUGGCUGGUGACAUUUGCAAUGUCUUUACUAAUUAUUCAUCGAGUAACAUUACUACCAGCGCUGUCGAUAAUCCGAUGAUCUACACAACUCUGAGGAGUUCACUACCGAACAUACUUGCUCUGUCAGUCGAGAGAGCUGAACAAUUCCGCAUUCUUUUAGAGUCCAUUCAGAUAUUGAUAAUCGAAAAUGUGAACACCAUUAGCGCCGAAAUCGUCGCGCAAAUUGACAUGAAGCUGAAGCAGAUAACGGGGAUUUACGAUGUGAACUUUGGUGGAAUAAGCAUCAUCCUGGUUGGUGAGCUCAAGAAGUCUCUUUCGCCCCCAGUUGUACCUAUCCCAAAUUUAUUGAAUACUCUGAAGUAUCUGGAGUUGAACAAAGUAAUGCAGCAGUCGAACGAACUGUUCAAGAUAAUUGUGGGUAAAAUCGCGAAAGGUGUGGGAUUGGAAGAGUCAGAGAUACGACUAAUAGAGUCGCGAUUUUUUACUGAAGAAGAGGCUCAUCGUCUCUGUCCGCACGGCAUUCGUGUCUUCGAAUCUCACAGCUCCGUCAAUGACUACAAUCACGAGACACUCGAUUCAGCUGACAAUAAAAUCGUUUCCGUGGCGAAUGACGUCUACGUCGGCUGUCCCGAUGGUGAAGAAGAGAUUUAUAUCCAUAAAUUCCUGGAAAUGUCGAUUGUCCAGACUCGCGGAUUACCGUACGAGAUUGUAUUCGUUAUGCAAAAGCUGUACAUGGUGACGGCCAACUACGAUCUGAAAGUUGGUCUAGUGGCUGGUGUCCUUGUGAAAUUAAUGAACAUCGAGCGUGAUGUUUCUGGGGAAGUGACGAAAGUCUGGGUGAAGUUGAUGACACGCACGAAUACCGGCAGGAAGAGAAAACGAGUCUUGACUGAACCAGCCAAGGCCCCUGGUGAUACUAUGGUCUGUAUGAUACGACAGAAGUGGUGCGUUCCAUUGAACGAAGCGAAAACGAUAACCGCGACGCGCGAUCACUUUCCAUUACUGCCUGCGUGUGCUGUGACAAUGGAUCUCACUGCUGGAAAGACUUUUGACGAAUUGGUGUACGAACACCGGGGAGGACACUCGCAGGUGCUGAUGCACAUGGCACUGUCUGCAGUGACGAGGAUCACUGGCCUCUACAUUACGACCCGGGACCACGAUCCGGUGUUUCAUCACAGAAGAAAGACACCACCUUCCGUGGAUCCACUGGCUGGUGCUACUCCAAGUGAAGACUUCGAUCAGCCGGAUGAUAAGUCCAUGAUGAUGGACAAGGUCUUACUAGACUUCAUCAUCGGAAGGAAGACACUGUCUGUUCUGUCUUACGAUCAUCAGACUCGAAGUAUUGGUUCAGCUGAUCUCAAUACCAUAAUCAGACAGACCCUCAGCAUUCUUUUUCUCCUUGAGACCCAGCCCGAUGAUGAAGACAAUUGCAAAAUGCCUGACUUCAACUGUGAGGUGAGGUUCAAGUGCUCGAAGAGGAAGACCAAUUCAAUUUCCAUUCAUAAAGAUAAUUAUGACAGAACGAACAUUGUCACUGGUCAUAUGAAUGCAAGUUUUCGUCAGAGUAUUUGUUUGAUUGCUAAUGCGGGAAGUGUUGGAGAGAUCUGCGGGGCUAGAUGUCUUCUGGAGAAUGAUAAGACUGUGCUUACUGUUAUGCUAUAUGUGUCACAAGGGCAAACUGUUGAUCAAUUGAUUAAAUUCAUUCACGAGGCCCUGCUUGCAUACACUGUGCAGGGUGCAGCACUGCUGAAGCGGGAUUUGGGCGAGGUACCAAUGAUAUUCGGGGGACAUUUCAAUAUGAACCUUGCAGGACCCGACGCGCAACCUUUGAUUAAUUUUUUGGAUGAAAAGUUUAGUCUGAAAAUUAAUAAGGAUCAGGCAGUCGCACCGACGAAUACGGGAGCUACGAUUAGUGCGUUGUUUUGCAGACAUUUGGAGAAAUUGGAGUCGACGAACUAUGUAUUAUAUUCGAGUUUUGACAAGCCAAUUGCUCCGUAGAGGGGACGCAUUCGCUAUUGUCUUUCAAUAGUCAUUCAUGUUGAUCGAGGGCGAUAUAUAUUGGGGACAUAUUUCAGCGGAAAAACUCAUGUGUAAAUAUAGAUUUGAUUUUUUCGAAAGAAAUAUUGAAAUAUGGAAAUACAUAUUUUUAUUCAAUAGGUGAAUGGUGGUUCUGGCGUAAUAGUCAUUCAAUUAAAUAGUAAUGCUGUAAAAAAAUGUAAAGUAAAGAAAAUCAAUUAGACAACUAAUUAAAAAAAUUAA